AUGAACGGCACUCCGAACGGCAAGUGCCAAGUAUUGUCAAGUACUCAACUGCCUUGCCUGGGUGCUUUGAGUGACUUCGAGGUUCCUGCCAAUCCUUUUCCUCAUUCAACUGCCUUCCACCUGCCUCCCUCACCUUGCUCACCUGCCGCGCCUGCCUCACCUGCGGUGAUCUGCGUAAGCUGCGGCAGGCGGGCUGGGCUGGACUUGGCUGCGUGUCAGAGAAACUCCAUCGCUUCCCAGCCUGCCAUCGACAUCCAACCACAACACCAUCACAGACUUGAAAGCCACGGUCGAAACGCAAGCUCACAUUCACAAUGUCGUCAAUGUCGAGUCGCACAGCCGAUUGAGCCUCCUUUCUCUUGGCAUUCCCUCUCUCUAUUCCUCACCCCGGUCUCGUCCAACCAAAACCCCUACACCACCAACGGCACAUCACGACAUAAACACACAUGGCACACACCUAUCGCACACCGCACACCGCACGCACCGCACACUAUCCGCACACUACACAUAGUCACUACGCCACCAAACGCCAACACUGGCCGCGCACCACUGUCACUCUUCAACGGCGGAUGUGCCCGUCGACAUGAUGCCCGCCCUAGUACAGCCGAUAUCUGUAGAUCGGCCACUAGAGGCUUGUAUCUCUUCGAUGGUGUCUUGUCUUCUGUGCCCUUGACACUUGCCGGUGUCACUGUCACCCAUCCACCAUUGCGUACCCGGCCCCCCCUUCCCCCCAGCCACUCUAUACCCUUCCCUUGGCUUUGGGGGCGCACGUCGCGGGAAGCACUCAGGAAUCGUCUGUGCCUGGCCUGGCCCUGGACCAUGGACGACAGUGAGAGGAAACGUCGUGGGAGCCGUGGGAGCGUACCUUAG